CAAAAUAUCUGACGCAAAUCUGAUGUGACGUAGGAGCAGGCCCUGUAGCAGACUGGUCACUUGCGAAUUGAAGUGAUUUUUAAAAUAAAAUUACGAAAAUGCCGAAAGUGAAGAGGAGCAGAAAGCCUCCUCCGGACGGUUGGGAGCUAAUUGAACCCACUUUGGAUGAGCUCGAUCAAAAAAUGAGAGAAGCUGAAACAGAACCUCAUGAAGGCAAACGUAAAGUUGAAUCCCUCUGGCCCAUAUUUAGAUUGCACCACCAGCGCAGUCGGUACAUCUUUGACCUGUUUUAUAAAAGAAAGGCAAUCAGUAGAGAGCUGUACGAUUAUUGCAUAAAGGAGGGAUAUGCGGAUAAAAACCUCAUUGCGAAAUGGAAGAAACAAGGUUAUGAAAACCUGUGCUGUUUGAGAUGUAUUCAGACUCGGGACACCAACUUUGGAACCAACUGCAUUUGCAGAGUUCCCAAAAGCAAACUCGAAGUGGGACGCAUCAUCGAAUGUACACAUUGUGGAUGCAGAGGCUGCUCUGGAUGAAACUCAAGAUGCCUUCAAUGGGACAUCAGGGCUCAUUCAAUUUUGAUUUGUAUGUUUUUAAAAUAAAAAACCCUGCCCACACUUGGGUUUCCAUUCCAGAUUGUAGGUCUGUAGUGUAUAUCAUGAGAGGUUGUGAUCAAGGUUUUUUUUAUAUAUAAAUUUCAUUUUCGUGAAGUCUUACUUUAUUACAUAUUAUUUCUCAUGCCACUGUGCAUUGUCAUUUGAAAUAAAACUCUUUUUGUUGUAUUA